UUUUCGUCCAUCUCUAUGAAGAGCAUCAUGCCCCCAUUAGAGUACGUGAGGAACGAGGCAAUUCUGUAAGACUCGAUUUUGUUAAAUCUUGGAAGCAAAGAAAGUGGCGUGAGAAGAAAUCCGCAGAGACUUAUUUUAAGACGAUUGAUGGCAACUACAGAGAACAUCCUCAAACAAGUUCAAGAAGAAGUAGGCCACGAACCGCAUCAAGUUUAACUGUUUGCAGACACAAGAACCUCAUAGCUCCAUUCAAUAUCCAAGUACGACGGGGGGAAUUUGUCAUGAGGCUCUUCACAUUUAUUUUCUUCUUGCACCUAGUCUUGAUCGCCUUCUUGAUAAUCUUUCUGACAGUUUACGGUCUCAUUUCGACCAAUCACAAGCACCAUUUCCACCCACUAAAGUUCUAUGCUCCACUGCUCACUUCAACACUCUGCUCUGCAAUUUUCGCUUUAAUAUGGCAAUGGGUCACCAGGUUAAGCCCUUCGAAAGCCAUUAAAACUGCCUUUUGGCUCAGCCCCUUGCUAACCUGUGCAGUUGGUGUACUACUCAUAUCUAUAAGUUCUGCUGGGGGUUUGGCUGCAGGUGGGGUUGCAAUCAUCUGUGCGUUCAUUCAAUCGCUGUAUGCCUGCUGGGUCAGUCCCCGUAUCGAAUUUGCCAUCAGGAUAUUAUCUGUUUCUACAGCUGUCCCUCCUCCCAAAAUCACAACAUUACUCAUUCUAUCAAUUUUUACCUGUAUCCUCUACCUCUCUUUCUUGGUAUCUGGCAUCGGAGGAGCCACUGCCAUAAGAAGCAGCUUUAGUGUCCUGUUUAUCUCGGUUAUCUUGCUAAGCAUGGCAUGGACUAUGCAUCUCAUCAAGAACCUGCUGCAAGUCACAAUUUCACGCAUCAAGUACAUGCACUUUGCAUGCGGAGAAGAUGUUUACACAAGUGAGGCUUUCUACAGCACACUUAAGCACUCAAUGGGGAGUAUCUGCAUUGGCUCCAUCUUGGUUCCAGUUCUCGGGGUUAUUCGGGGCUCAGCCAGAGGCAUGAAAUCGGUUGCAGGGGAUACAGACGAGUUUCUAUUUUCAUGUGCCAACUGCUACUCAGGACUGGCUUCAACUCUGGUAAUGUAUGGGAAUCGCUGGGGUUUUGUGCAUGUUGGAGUCUAUAACAAGGGAUUUGUGCAGGCAUCAGCUGAUACAUGGGAGAUGUUCAGGAAUAUAGAACUAAAAGAAAUAAUCGACUUAGAUCUCACUACAUCGUUCUGUUUUCUUUCUGGGGUGGUCGGAGGUGCAAUAUGUAGCCUAGUCAGUGGAACUUGGACUCUUGCAAUUCAUAAGAGUUAUGUUACUGAAGUCUCCUUAUAUGCAUUCUUGAUUGGCUAUUUCAUGUGCAGGAUUGCUAUGGCAUGGCCACAAGCAUGUGUUUUGUCUUACUAUGUAGCUUAUGCAGAGAACCCUAAUAGCACGCGAUUUGACUCAACAAUUCCUGUUCGCAUUGAAGAGCUUCGGAGAUUUCAAGCUUAACGAUAAUCGGCUUUUCCCUACUCACUCCAGUAGCAGUAGAGACUAAAGACUCAUUUUCAAUUCAUUCUAGCCUCUAAAGGCUUAUUUUGGAGAGUAUUACAAUAUAGAUAAGGUGUUAUUGAGCAUGGAACCAUGUACCUUUUUAUUACAUACAUUUCAUAGAUCAAUAUUACUACAUAACAUGUCAAAAGCAUACUGCAAGCUGUACAGGUUCAAAUUUUGCCCAGCAUAGUAGAUUUCAAUCGGUCC